CGGCCUCCCAGUCUGAGGAGGGAAGGGGCUGGCAGGCUGCACAAUAAGGCAGAACAGAACAAGCAGUGCAGGCUCCAAACACCACAGACAGCACGGAUGGGGUCAGUGUGAUUCAAGUCUACAACAUCAAGAUAUAGGAGAAAACAGGGAAGAGUCGGGACACCAGUUUUAAAGAGCUGGAGCACCAAGGAGGAAGGAUACUAAGGAUACUACAGGUUAUGUUGCCAUGGAAACCACAACCUGGAAGCGGACGCAAGGACCACUGAAGGUGGACGGUCAGCCCUAGGUGCAUCCUUCAUCAACAUCAACAUCAACUGGGAGAAUGCUGUGGAGAAUCACUCUUCCUGUCCUGCUAGCGGGGGUCCUCUGCAUCACCGCAGAGACCAGAAAGCCCCGCCCACAGGGCUCUAUCCCCUCCCCCUACAAGAGCAAAGGAAAUCUGUCGUCAGAGCGCCAUCGCCUACUGCAGAAGAAGCCUGAGGUGCUGUCCUCCAGCAGAGAGGCCCUGGUGGUGACCGAGAGAAGGUACCUGCGCAGGGACUGGUGUAAGACCCAGCCCCUGAGGCAGACCAUCAGUGAGGAGGGCUGUCUGAGCCGCACUGUGGUCAACCGCUUCUGCUACGGCCAGUGUAACUCCUUCUACAUCCCCCGCCACAUGGGCCCCAGCUCUGGGUCGGGCUCCGGGAGGAAGCAGCACAACAAGCUACAGGAGCCCUUCCAAUCCUGCUCCUUCUGCAGACCCCAGCGCAUCACACAGCUCACGGUGCAGCUGGACUGUCCCGGUCUACAGCCCCCUUUUAGGCACCGCAAAGUGCAGAGGGUCAAGCAGUGCCGCUGCAUGUCUGUGGAGGUGAGCAGCCACAGCAAACUCUGAGAGACACACUAUCUCUAUGUGUGGCAAUGGACACAGACUCUCCCAUAGACUGUAGGAUGAACUGUGCUGUUCUCUGCCCCCUCAUCACAGAAGAAACUGUUCAAAAGUACAGACUGUGUUUAUGAAGAUGAGUUGCCACAUGUUUAAGCUAAAGCCAUAAUGGUUUUCAGAGGUUCAUUUGAGAGUGUGACAUUAUUUAUCGUUGUCAUGAGAUUAAAACAUGCAAGAACCAAUGUCACCUUUCUUUUCUUUUGAAGACUUUUGCCAUUGUUUUCCUUUGUUUACACAUUCAAUUUACACCAAUUCACAGCAAUUGAUGUUUUUCGAACAAUAAAAUAAUAUCUAUUAAUAUAGUGAUAAAUCUCAUGUGCUGACCUUUGUCUGCCCCCUGCCACUAAAAGGCGACGUGCGGGGGAGGUCUAAUGGCAUAUUGUGUAUACAGUACAAAUAUUUGAUAUGC